UGGCGGUCGAAAGGCAUGGCUUUAGCUGCGCGCUUGACAUCCUUAUCCUGUCUAAUUUAGAUCAAUAUUAUUGUGUUCAAAAACUGCUAAUUGUAGCUUGUAGCCAAUGUUUAAUCAUUCAUCUCAAUUUAUGACGAUGCGUUAUUGUAACAUUAAACUUACUAGAUACAAGUACCACGUUCAAUGCCUCAAUAAGCAAUUUUGUUUACCUUCAGACAAAGUUGCAAUAACUUUGUUAAAACCGCUCUGGAAACCUUGUUGUUUACUAAAUUGUUUCGAUGAUUAGGCACAUGAGUCGUUUGCUUCUCCAAGUUUAAGGAAAUCAGUGCCUACAUGAAGAAGGUAUCAUUUGAUUUGUGUACCUAUUUAGCACCUGCUUGGGGUUUAAGUAGGUACUUAGGUAAUAUUAUAGAAGAUUUAUUUGUCAUGAAGGGUAAAUUCUAUGAUAAAAAUAAUAGAACAUCAUAGUGUUGAUCCUGUGUCUGUCAGGCGUAAGCAGGGGGGCGCUGCGAUGACAUCAGACCUGUGCUCAGAGGAUGUGGUGGUGCGUAUCACAACCCCGCAGAUCAUUACUCAGGCGGGGGGCGGAGCGGGCGGCGCGGGCGGGCGGGUGGCGGCGUCGUCGGCGGCCGUGGAGCUGGGCCGGCGGCUGCUGCUGGCGGCGCGGGCGGGCGACACGCAGCUCGUGCUCGACCUCAUGGCCAAGGGCGCGCCCUUCACCACCGACUGGCUUGGCACGUCGCCACUUCACCUGGCGGCGGGCGGCGGCCACGCGGCCACCUGCGCCGUGCUGCUGCGCGCCGGCCUCACGCGCGACGCGCGCACCAAGGUGGAGCGGACCGCGCUGCACCUCGCCGCCGCCGCCGGCCACGCCGCCGCCGCCCGCCUGCUGCUGGACGCCGGCGCCGCGCCCGACGCGCGCGACCUGCUGCGCAUGACGCCGCUGCACUGGGCGGCGCAGCACGGCCACGCGGCCGCCGCGCGCGAGCUGCUGCGCGCGGGCGCGGACCCGGGCGCGCUCAGCAAGUUCCACAAGACGCCGCUGUCGCUGGCGCGCGAGCUGGGCCGCGCCGACCUGGUGCGCCUCAUGGACGACGCGCUGCGCGAGCGCGAGGCCGCGCGCUCCGUGUCCGCGCUGCACGAACAAAUGGCCGAAAUAUCCCCCACGGAAUCUCAGAUGGAAACAUUUGAUGCUGUACAAAGAAUCCAAGAUUUGAAGCCUACCAAGACGAAGCAAGCUGAAAAGACAAUUAAACAGGAAUUUAAAAUUGAGAGCGCGGGCGACGGGGCGGCGGCGGCGCUGCUGCGGCAGCACGGCAUCACGCUGCUGCCGGCCGACGACGGCAGCACGGUGCUCAGCGCGCUGCAGAGCGGCCGCAGCGUCGUGCUCUCAGAUGCUGGAAAAUUAAUGUUGAAAGAGAGUGAAACCACGCCGCCCGUCACCAGCAAAGCGACUUCAAGUGCCAAUCAAGGGAAGGGCAUGGUCCUCACGGCCACACCCGUCAAGUCGCCGCCCAAGCCCGGCGUCAAAAUAUUCACGCUCAACAACAAACUUCUUGCCGCGCCCAAGGAUAACAAGAUACCCGUUAAGAAGAUCAUCAACCCGCAGGACAUGCAGGUGAAGUUUGUACAAUUGCCUCCUGACGCAAAAAUAAUCUCCCCAUCGAAAAUAAUACCGAUGAAAGCCAAGAACAAAGUGUCAAGUCGCGCGGCCGCGUCCGGCGUGACGUCACUGGGCAGCCAGCGGCCCGCCGUCAAGAUCAUCAUGAACAAGAGCAACUUCAACCGCCUCAUCGCCACCGCCGCCCGCGCCGACCCGCCCGAGAUAACCGUGCCAGGAGCGAGCGAACAGGACUGUAUUGAAAUACCAGAGGACGACGUCGAAGCGUCUCCCGACUCCGAGAAUCCCGCCGUGCUGCGAGCGCAACUGGCGGCCGCACGACGAGCUCUCGCCGCCGCCCGCCGCGAGCUCAGCACCACCCGCGCCCGCCUCGCGCAGCUCGAGCGUCUGCACGAGUAGCGCCUGCACCAGCAGCGCCGCGAGCUCAGCACCACCCGCGCCCGCCUCGCGCAGCUCGAGCGUCUGCACGAGUAGCGCCUGCACCAGCAGCGCCGCGAGCUCAGCACCACCCGCGCCCGCCUCGCGCAGCUCGAGCGUCUGCACGAGUAGCGCCUGCACCAGCAGCGCCGCGAGCUCAGAACCACCCGCGCCCGCCUCGCGCAGCUCGAGCGUCUGCACGAGUAGCGCCUGCACCAGCAGCUCGGCUCUUGUACUCAACCACCUGCUGACGUGUUUACAAAUUCCGAGUUUUGGACUGUUUGUCUCUCUAUAAUAUUUUAUCAAGCUAAGUAUGGACUUGAAAAGGAAACUGUAAUAAUAUGUAAAUAAUGUAUUAUAUAAUUAAGGAAAUUAAACAAUAUCUUUUGUAA